AGAGGUCCUACGAGUUCAUGUGGCGCGAUCUGGGAAAUUUGACAAUUUAUAUAUUUGUCAGCUAGUUAGCGAACUUGUUCAAAAGCCUACCCAGGAAAUUAUAUGGACAUGAACAAUGCUUUCUUUUAAACACAACAGUUGGUUUAUACGUAAGGUGGUAUGUUGGAGAGCUGUAGCCAGCAUUGCUUGGUCUGUGCUGCUAACGCCAAUCACCACAGCUCUUUUUGUGUUCUUGAGUAGAUUCAAUCUACUCCAUCCCAUUCAGUGGAUAUCAGACUCACUAGCUCUUCUGACCGCCUCAAGUACCAUCUUCUCUCUCGUGCUACUCUCCGGAGUGGUGUUGGUGAUUGGAUUUUUCAACCUUGAAUCCUACACAGUUGUUCCCUGUAUCCCUUGCACAAGGAUUGCCCUCUUGGGGAAAGUGCUCCACCCCCGGCAAUGUAUGCACUCUCUGGUGCACUCAUCAGUGGGGAUGCUGGUGUCAUGGUGUGCCGCCAUCACCAUAGGAGGCAGGUACCGUACCUUGAGCUCCCCCUGCAUUCAGACUGAGAGUGGAGAUCCCAGUCAGAUGUGUCUGAAUGAAUACCAUCUGCUCAUGUUGCUGUCUGGAGCCUUCAUGGGAUACAGCCACAGUCUUCUUGGUCUUGUGCACAACAUGAAUUAUGUGUCCUUCCCUGUCAUACAGCAAUAUAAAUACCUGUGGUUUAAGGGGUCCCUGCCUCUUGUGGUGAAAUGCAGUGCUGUGCAAUCCAUGUACGCACUGAGGAACUACCUAGUUCUUUACUUCUUUUUUGGACAUGCCCCAAAAACAUGGAUCUGCAGAACUCUCAAUCUACAGGAGGACAGCUCUCUUCAUGGUCUGGACACACUGGCUGGGCUGCUUGACUUGUCUCUGCUUUACCAUCUGUGGAUCAGUGGGACCUUCCUGCUGUUCACCUGGUUCAUCACGGUCCUGCUCUUCAGGGUCUACGUCUCAGAGAUGUACAGUUUUCCAGUGCAGCCUUCUUUUGCUGAGGAAGCCGAGGAAUGCCUUUCUAAAAUCUUACCCUGCAAGGAACCAGCCAUCAUGAAGUUCUUAGCCUUGCAGGACCUGUGUCUUCUGUCCCAGCACUCUGCCACAAGAAGACUUGAGGUCUUCAGUCUCAGUCAGCCAGGUGGCCACCCUCAUAACUGGAAUGCCAUCAGUAAGGAGUGCCUGUCUCUGCUGGCUGAGCUGACCCAGAAGCUGGUGGCUCACCAUGACGCAGUAGCUUCCAAUGGCCGGGCCAAGUCCCAGUCCAACAGCGGCAGUGAAACCAAGUCAUGGAGCUCAGUAUCUUCAGGGGCCGUGGACCUGCCAAAGACGCCUCAUCCCAGCAUCUAUCUAAAGACACCUGGGUCCGUGUUCCAGCGCUCCUCCAUAGGGAAGCUGCAGAGCCCCCUGACCAUCCCCUUCACCCCUGACCUGGACAGCCCCUUCUCCUCCCCCUCCAUCCGCCGUCUGACGGCUCUUCAGGAGCCAAACUCGCCCUGGUUCAAUGCUGUGCAGAGCCCCCAUGUCAUGAGGAGGGGGGCCAAGCUCUGGAGUGCCUCCACAGAUUCGCAGAGCAACGGCAGCACCGCUGCCAGCCCUGCUCCUGUGCCCGCUGCCAGCCCCCCUCCAGCCUCUCAGAAGCCCAGUUUCCUCGCCCAGUGGCUACAGAACCGCAAGGAGCAGGUUAAAAGUUUCAUGGCAAAGAGGGUGCUGGUUAUGUAUUUAUUUAACAAGCUUCCAGAGGCAACCAGCCAAUCUUUGUUUGCUGACAGCCAAGCUCACAUAUGGGCUUUAGAAGGACUGUCCCAUCUGGUGGCAGCCUCGUACUCGGAGGACCGCUUUGGGGUUGUGCAGACUACGCUACCAAGUAUUCUGAACACCAUGCUGGUGCUGCAAGAGGCUGUGGACAGACACUUCAAGCUGCCCCACGCAUCCAGCAAGCCCCUGAGGUCCACCUGCAGCAUGGGAGACUCCAGCUACAAGACCCUGCGCUUCUCUGUCAGGGCUGCACUCAAAACCUCCAUCUACAGGAUAACCAAGACCUUUGGGGAGCACUUAAAUGCUGUGCAGAUGUCUGCUGAUCACAGGAAAAGACUGCAGCAGUUUCUGGAGUACAAAGAAUGAGACAUUCCAUGAGAUUCCUUUGCUUUCCUAUCUGGGAACUGUGUGUGUGUGUGUGUGUGUGUGUGUGUGUGUGUGUGUGUGUGUGUGUGUGUGUGUGUGUGUGUGUGUGUGUG